AUGACUCCCCUCGUGCCAGGCAACCACAGGAGGAGUUCAAACGCGCGAACCAGGUUUUCGAAAGCACCGGUGAAGACAAGGUAUAGCGUGAGCAACAGCGCUUACGAGAUCCAAAGGUUAUCGAUUGUCAGCGCCUCGGCGGUACCUGGGUCCAGCUGCAUCGUCACGUGCCACCCAAGUACGACGAUCACACAGCGCAGUAGCAGGUCUAAAUAUUGUGAGUCGAGAGAUUUGACCAGAACCACAUGGCAUCUGACGGGAUAUCGACACCGACAUUAUCUACGAAGAACUCUUGGUAUCUCCAUACACAUUCUUCCAAAAAUAGAACGCGAAAGCAAGAAGAAGAAGAAGAGCAAGAAGAAGAAAGAUCAACCUACGUCCCCAUCCCACCAGCAGUAG